ACUUCUCUCUCUCCCUCUCCUUCAGCUAGUGUUGAUGUGCUCGGUUGUUGAAUAUGCUGGCAGAUUCCCUGCAGCAGUCUGGCUGUCACACAAGUUGACAUUCACUUCAGCAAACACAAUUUGCACAUUGUCUGAGCUUCCCCUAGCAUUCGCUGCAUUUCCUCGCGCCGCACGCUAAACUUUGAUGAGACGCUCUCUGUUUUCACAGUAUGUUUUCAUACAGGCGUGGUAAAUAUUUUUUCCCAGAACUGUCAUGAAACUGGUUACUGUUUAUGUAAGAUGUGUUCUUUUAUUAACAGCAGCGGCGAAAGCAAUUCAGCUUUUAAUCCAGCGUGGACUCUGAGGGAUUUAAAGCGCGUAAGCAGCUCAGCCUUUGUGCUAUUAUGUUCGUAUUGUUUCGGAAACUAUCAGGGAGGCUUUUUGCAGCUUCAAUUAGACACAUGUCAGGAGGGUCAGAGUGGGAUGUCCGCGCAUCACUAAGUCCCUGUCACCCCGUAAGCGAGCUGCUGCGAGGCAGCGAACGGCAAAUGCUUUGGGACAGUUUUAAUGUUGAAGUCGAGCUGCUAUUGCUGGAAUUGGGAAGGUGACCGGGAUGGGCACAUGCAGCUGUUGCACCAACAGGAGACUGGAGGAGGAGUGUCACGUUAGAGAAGGGAAAUCACUAAAAAAGAGGGACAGUGUCAUUUUCUGGUAACUUAAAGUGACGACCUGUAUUUUCCCUGGUGACGGGGCAGUACAUACCUAAAUUAUAGCAAGAAGGCAGUGUUUUUGUGUUAGUAUAAGAUCCUACCAACGGGUGCCCUUAAGGGUCAAAAAUCCCUGGGAGUGCAACCUCCAGCUAAAUGACAAGCACGUCAGACUCCUUUUCAUCACUGGCAACAAGCGAAGAGGUAAAUGUGUAAAACAACAACGUUUAUGCACGGUGAAGGUUUUGUAACUGCUUGUUACAAAUGAGAAAAUGCAUUUUGUCUUCACGGGCUCCUGUAGAAGGACACAUGGCAUCUAAUAUGGCGUCGCCCAGAGACUUAGACCAGCUCCCGUGUAUUUUAGACCUGGUUUUUGUGGUUAUAUGUUACGAAGCCACCAAUAUUUUUCAACAACUGAGCAUCGUUUUGUUCAUUUUCACCAACAUUUAGACGGAUUAUUCCAGAGAUUAAUGGUAAAAAGUACACAUUGCCUCUUUAAUGUACCACUUUACUUGUUGAUUGUACUUUUUGUUCAAGUUUCUGUUACGCCUGAUUCACACCGACUGUGGAACAAAUGCGGCAUGGCUUCUGCACGGCCUCCGGGCGGACUGCGGCUUGUGAACAGACAUUCAGAUAAUUUGCUUCUUCAAAAAGCACCAAAUCUCAGAGCUUCGUGCAAUAACAACUACGCAUUUUGAGAAAUUCUGGCAAGGCCGACCUGACCAACCGUCCCAGGUGUAAAGCUGCUACCUGUCCGAUGUCCUCUCCCCACACUGUGUGAUGUGUCAUGGCUCCGGUGUUGAGUGGAGAUUGGUGGUCGGGGACGGCGGACACUAAUGGCGGCGUGUUGUGGCUGGGGAGUGAGCAGCUGGUGUCUGUUGUCUCCCUCGGCGUUCUCACCGGUUUGCUGCUGGCAUCCAUGCUGCUGCUGCUGUGUGCCAGCUGCAAGGGGGAGAAGAAAGCAGCAAAUGGACACCCGGGUGGAGACCAGCUGAACCUCGUGAACGGAGUGUCUGAGAGGGAGACCAUCAGCCAAUCAGCAGACAGUCCAGUGACGGACGCGGCCCUCAGCUGCUCCUACAACGGUCCUCUAACCAGCGGUACAAUCCUCUCAGACACACAGGACACCAGCCCCCAGCUGUCUUUGGAGAGGCUCUCCAGCCACUCAGAGCUCAGAUCUUCUAAGUGUCACCAGGACCGCGAGCUUCCCAGCAUCCCUCCCAGCACUGCACUUACCGGGGACCGACCCCCGGCCAUGGAGGACAGCACUUAUGAGAUGGUGAAGGACAUUGCGGCGGCGUCUCGUGAUGUCAGCGUGGAGGACUCUCUGUAUGAGACUGUCAAGGAGCUGAAAGAAGGCCCUGCGCAGCCUUACCUCUCCAACGGUACCGCCCAGCCGAGCCCCGGCGGCCCUCCUGCUUCACCUCAGCCUCCCGUCCUCCAAAACGGUAAACUCAGCCCCGUCCCCUCCAAGCGGGCGCCGCUGUCAGCGGGGGCGGAGUACGCCUCUGUCAACCUGAGCAAGAAGAGCCGCCACAGCGUUGACAUGGAGGCCAAACGACGGUCCAAUAGCAUCCCCCCACGCAGGCCUCAGGAGGACCCACAGGAGGACGCGCCCCCUCCAGUACCAGAGAAGGUUCUGGAUGAAAAUGACAACCAGCCGGUGGUGACCAACGGGCUUUCUGGGGUGCACAACGGAGAGCUACACUCCCUGUUGUCUGCUGCACCAGAUUUGGACAACCACUUUCGGUCGAAUAUCGAAUCGGAAGUGUACUCCACAGUAAAGACAAACUGUAACAAUGCAGCAAACGAUGAAGACAAGGAGCAUGACUACAGUAGCAUCGCCGAGCUCAAAGGUCUAGUCCCGACUUCUUCCUCCAGUGACCUCUACGCCACGGUCCGAGACAUCUACUCCCAUCCCGAUGAGCCCCUGCCCGGCGAAGACACUUCAGAUCCUUGCUACGAAUCCAUCCGCAUACCAAAGACUAGUAGCUCGGACGACGAUCAAAGGGUGGAAGCAGAGGGAACAGACACCGCCAAGGGAGAGCCUGACUAUGAAAGCGUGGGAGAGUUGGGUCUCCGGCAGGACAUAUCCCGUCUUUGAGUUUUUUUCCCCACCUAAUAAUUUCAAUUUUAGACAUUUUUCUCAUUCAGAUAUCACUGUGUUGGUGCGCGACUUGGGGGAAGAAAAAAAAUGUUUUAACUUCCAUCGUAGCGAGUGCACACCUUUAUUACAGCUUGGGUACGGUUUAUCAUACCUGAUCACCUUUAAUUUAUCAACUGUGUGAACGUUGUUGGUACUGGUAGGUCUUAAAAACACUCCGGUGUGGAACAAAAGAAGUAUAACACAUAUUCAGCUCUGUAAAUGCCAGAUGAAGGGUGUCUCAGUUCCUCUUUAAAAACAAACAAAAAGGUAUCAAGAAUGCAGUGCCGUACGUUCAUGUGAAAUUUAUGCACUUACUGUUUUAUGUGAAGGUAACGCUACAUAUGCCCUCGCUGCAGUAGCUAGUCUUUCUGGCUUCUAGUUGACUGUGCCAUGUUUUAUUGAGGUGUCAGAUGGUGUAUUUCUGGGCUGUUCAUUGUUCAUUCAUGUUCCUGUGAAAGAUCGUUGGCACGAAAAUAGAAAAAAAUACCAAUUUGUGCCCUUUGUUCAAAAGUUUAUGACAUCAGGCCGAACUAUAGACUUCAUUACUGGCUCAACAAAACAAAA